UAAUUCUGGUUUAACAUUAGGAUUUGCUGUUGUUUGGUUCACUGCUCGGCGGUCGUGGGGUGGAAUGAAUGUGUUGCACGUUCCGUUUCCUCACUUUUCAAUCACAUUUUGACAGGAGUUUAUUUUGAAUUAAAUUCGUCUCUCUCUCUCACACACACACACACACAUUCUUUUAGUUGUCGGUGCUCGUUAUUCACUCCGGUCCUAGGUCGUAUCCCCGUUCCUUACGGUCCGGAACUAUUUUGUGAAACUGCAGGUGGCCGGGGGAGCGGUGUUACCGCGGGCAUUUCCUUGGAGCCGCGCUGGGCCUCAGUUUGUUGUAUGUAAGAAAGAGACAGGGGAGAUCGUGAGCAGAGAGGAAGAUCAAAGAGAUUUGAUUAUGAGCACAAUAGUGCAGUGACUUUUGGUUAUAAGUAAUCUGGAGAGUAAGGUCUAAUCAAACUCCACACAGAAGUUAUCCAAGACUGAAAACGAACCUGGAUCCUAGGCAUUGUAAGUUGCUCACUUUCUGAAAUGAAUAAAGACGCACAACUCAGAGCAACCAUAAACCAGAAGCUGAUAGAAACAGGAGAGCGAGAACGUCUGAAGGAAUUGCUUCGAGCUAAGCUGACUGAAUGUGGAUGGAAAGAUCAGUUGAAAGCACACUGUAAAGAUGUGAUCAGGGAAAAAGGCUUGGAACAUGUUACAGUUGAUGAUUUGGUGGCAGAAAUUACUCCAAAAGGAAGAGCCCUAGUGCCAGAUAGUGUAAAAAAGGAACUUUUGCAGAGGAUAAGGACCUUCCUUUCUCAGCAUGCCAGUCUUUAAGUAUGCGAUGAGCAAAUUACAAUGCCAUUUCUUUGCAGUUUAAUUGAUCAUCAGAUCAGCUCCAAUGCCUAGAUGAAACUGGACAUGGCUUUUUUUUUGUUGUCAAGUUUUUGUGACUUUUUUUACACAUUUGUCUUAAAUUUUUAAGUUCACGAAUGUAAUUCACAAGCAGCUUUUCUACUCACUUCUGUAUUUUCCUUGAUAUGUUGAAGGUGUUUAAAUAAAAUUAUUUUGAAAUGAU